AUGGGAAUAGCAUUGCUUAGAAUGUUACCAAAAAGACCCUUAGUAACAACAGCAGCAUAUUCAUUUGCAUUUGCUAUCUCUAGCCCUAUUGGUGUAGGAAUUGGAAUUGCAAUAGACGCUACAACAGAAGGAAGCACAGCAGAUUGGAUGUAUGCUAUAUCUAUGGGAAUUGCUUGUGGUGUUUUUGUCUAUGUUGCUAUCAAUCAUUUGAUAUCUAAAGGCUUCAAAACUCAGAGGAAGACCCGUUUUGAGUCUCCUUGGUUUAAGUUUCUUGCUGUGCUUUUUGGUGUUGCUGUUAUUGCACUUGUCAUGAUUUGGGACUGA